CCGGUGGCUGAAGGAGAGGAGGCUAUCUUACUCUUUAUCGGUUUUUCACUGUGGCUGUUUUUAUGUGCUUACCAUGAACCCGGUUCAGCGUCUGUUACACACUCACUGCUUGAGGUGUCUAGACUCGGUUUUUAACACUUCACUCCAGCAUGCUGUCCUACAUCGAAGAGCUGUAGCCCAUCCCCUGGUUGCAGGCUUCAGCCAUGGCCAGGUGAUGAGGUCAUUCCAUGGAAGCCCUGGAUUCACCAAGGCCCAGUCAGUGAGAAAAGACAUCGACCAGUAUGAGGAUGAGAGGAAGAAGAAAUCUCUGGUCACACACGAUGAUCUGUUUGAGCAGGCGGCGAAAGACUCAAAGACCAAAGCCACGUUUAACAGAGUGGUGGAUGUCUUCAACAAAAAGGACAUCCGACGUCGUGGUCACGUGGAGUUUAUCUACGCUGCACUGAAGAAAAUGCCAGAGUUUGGCGUUGAGAGGGACAUUGCUGUUUACAACAAACUGUUGGAUGUGUUCCCCAAAGAGGUUUUUGUUCCCCGAAACUUCAUCCAGCGAAUGUUUAACCACUACCCACGACAGCAAGAGUGCGGGGUGCAGCUACUGGAACAGAUGGAGAGCUACGGAGUUUUGCCUAAUGUGGAGACAAAAGUCCUUCUGGUUCAGAUAUUUGGGGAGAAGAGCCAUCCGAUCCGGAAGUACCAGCGUAUCAUGUACUGGUUCCCUAAGUUCAAACACGCCAACCCCUUUCCCAUUCCUCACAACCUCCCACAGGACCCUGUUGACCUCGCAAAAUUCAGCCUCACACGUAUUGCCAACGAUUUGGAUGCUGAAAUCACUGUUUAUCAGUUUCCUACAACUGACAUCUCUGAAACAGGAGAAGAAGUCUCACUGCCGUAUGUCAUUGGUAUUCAGAGCCCAGAGCAACAAUCACUAUUGGCAAAACAUAACCCUAGCAGACCAGUGUUUGUGGAAGGGCCUUUUCCACUGUGGCUCAGAAAGACUUGUGUUCAUUAUUAUGUGUUGAGAGCUGAUCCUAUUCCAGCUGAAGAGAAGCUGGAGGAGCAGUAUGAUCCAGAACUCUGUGGUCCAGGACAAAGUCUGUUUUACCCCAUAUGGUUGGACCUGGACUUGGAGCGAGACCUUGGGGAUGAUGACAGCUUUGAUGUAGACGACGUGACUGAAGGAGCAAUCUAUGCCAUGUGCAUGACUGAUCAGGGUGAUCAGGUAACACUGGGAAAGUGGAUUUCUGGGCUACAGGAGUCAAAUCCAGUCCUGGGCAGAAUCCCUACACUGUUCCGUUUGGAGUCUGGUACACGAGAGCUCCAAACCAAUACUGAGGCCUGCGAAGGGCCUGAAUCCACACCAGAACCAGAACCAGAGCCUGAACUAGAGACAGAAGUGGAGCACAGAGAAGAGGAACACCGUCAUUCAGAGCGUGUGCAGCAGUGAAUGGUUUUAGUUUUGUUGGACUACCAUGGCAUGAGAACCGUGCAAUUAGACCAUCACAUUGCAAUAAAUGGCUUCGAAUUUAA